UGUUGCAAUGAUAGCGCACAUUUUAAGAAAUUGGUAGACCACAUAAGCAACUUUCUAUUCACACAUUUACCGUUACAAUUCAGUAUUUUACAUCAUCCAUAAAAUGGAGGAAACAGAGUAUGCAACUAUUAUCGAGUGGUAUUGCCGUCAAUUUUAUUACACCGCCAUGUUGUCUUAUUGCAAAGAAGCAUGCGAUGCAUAUCCGACGAGCGAUCGUUUAAGAAUUCUAUUAAGUCUUGCAAAUGCAUUAACUGGAAAAACUCAGGAAGCAAUUAAAGAAAGUGCGGCUAUAUUGAAUAAUGUAGAUGCAGUUUUGGCAGUAUUGGUUCUCCAGAAUAUUGCAUACACAAACAGCGAAAAUGUUGAAAGGACUACGCUGAUGCAAAUUGAAUCCAGAAUCAGAGACGAGAGAAGAAAAUCAUCUCCAAACGCAUUGUCAUUGGCAGCAUUGGUGCUGUUUUUAUCUCAGAAAGUUGAGAAGGCUAAAGAUUACAUAGAGAAAGCUUACAAGCUAGAUUCGUCUAAUAUAAACGUUCUUUUGAUUAAAGGCUGGAUAGAUUUGUUCACAAUGAACAAAACCAGUGUGGACAAACCUAACAUAUUCGAAACGGUUUUAGAAAAGCACCCAAGAAAUGUUUAUGCUCUCCUUGGCACUGCAAAGUACAAACAGCAGCACGACGAUAGUGCGGGAGCAAUAUUAACAUUGAACUCAUUGAUAGUACGUUACCCUAAGUUGCACAUACCUUUAGUGGAAAAACUAUACAAUCAGCUCACUACAAAGGAUUGGGAUCAGGCUCUGGAGACGGCUAACAGAAUAUCAUCUAUAGAUUUGAACAAUUUAGAUGCUUUGAAAGCACGAGUGUUCAUAACGUUUUGCAGAAUUGGGAAUUAUGAAGAAGGAUUGAAGGAUCUUCAAACAUUCUUUAGAUAUUUAAUCCUGACAGAGACGCGGAAUGUUACUGUAUUAAUUAGUAACAUCCAACUGUUCUCGCGGUUAGCAUGCAAAAAUCAGGAAAUUCUGUUGGAGCUUGCGAGGACAGUCGACAGAGUAUUGCAACAAAGUCCUAAGAAUGCAGACCUAAUGGUCGAGCUGGGAAAUUUGUAUAUGUUACAGGGAAACGUGAAGGAGGCAGAACAUUAUUACAAGAGCGCCGUUAAAAUAAAUGAAUCGUCCUUCUCGGCUCUGAUAGGUCUGGCACAAUGUCAGCUUCUGGACAACUCUAUAGAAGGACUGGACUUGGCCACCCAACAAAUCGACUUUUUGAUGGAGAUGCAAUCUAAAUCGACGAGUGCAGAUUUGCUCUUCAUGUCUGCGAAAGUAAAGUCUGCUUCUCCGAGUCAGGCUCUGAUUGACUUGGACAAUGCAGCUACCAUUAUACUGGACAACUGCAGCUAUAUACCAUAUGGAUAUGACUACAUAAAAAAAUUAAAUCCUGAUUUGUGCCUGGACAUCUGCAAGCAACGAUUAGUAUAUUCCAUAACGAACAAUGUAACAAAUCCAGAGGAAAAGGUGUUGAACGAUAAAGAGCCAUGUUUGUGUCUAUUGGAGGAACUUACAAACGCCUAUCCCGGAUUAAUCACAGCACAAUUGCUACUUAGCAAAGCUAAGAUACAGAGCGGCGAAUUGGAGAAAGCUAGCAUAAUACUAAAGAACAUUCUGAACAAUGUUGACUCCUCUAAUGCUGAAGCACAUUUGUUAAUGGCUCAGAUCCUGGCCUGCCAGGGGAAUUAUCAGCUGGCUUCACAGAGUCUCGAAGUCGGUCUAAGCUAUAACUUCAAAAUCAGGGACAAUCCUAUUUAUCAUUUGAUUUUAGGCAUUGUUCAGAAAGAAAAUAAGGAUAUUGAGAGCGCUAUAAAAAGCUUUCAGACUGCUAUGUCCUACGCAGGACUGCAAUCUCACGAGACCAAUGUAGAGACUAUGCACAUUUCAGCCUCGGAUGCUGCAACGUUGUAUCUCGAACUAAUCUCUGCUUAUGGGAAAAUGAGACGUUUUAAUGAAGCUGUUGCUGUGAUACAGGAGGCAAAUUUGAGGCUUGGGCAUACUAUCGAGGAAGGUAGAAUUCUGAUAGGAAAUGCGGAACUGCUUUUGGAAAUGGGUGAGUUGGACGAAGCCAUCGAAUGUUUGUCCAAAGUCACACCGGAUCAGCCUUAUUAUCUGCAAGCGCACACUCGUUUGGCUGAAAUUAAUUUGAAACACAAGAAGGACCGGCUUGCCUUUGCUAUGUGUUUCAGGGAAUUGGUAGAGCACUGUCCAGGUCCAAAGACAUACAGUAUGUUAGGCGACGCGUACAUUUCCAUACAGGAACCGGAAAGAGCGAUAGAGUCGUACGAGCAAGCCUUGCAACAGAAUUCCAUAAAUAAGUUGCACAUAGCCAGUAAGCUAGGAAAAGCUCUGGUAAAAACGCACCAGUACACGAAGGCGAUAAAUUAUUACUGGGAUGUGAUAAAGCAAGAAAAUUUUAAGGGAUUGAAACUGGACCUCGCCAAGUUGUUUGUCACAAUGAAACAGUACGAUAAAGCAGAAGCUACGUUAGUACAGGAACUGCAAGAUGGACGUCGGGAUUCCGACUUAUUAAGCUUGGAAGUGCGGGGCAAGUUGUUGCUCUUGCUGGCAAAGACAAGAGAGAAGGCGGAUAAUAUCCACGGUGCUUUGUCCACGCUAAAAGAGGCCAAAGAGAACCAGCACAGGUACAUACAACGUUUAGGAAGCUCCUCGUUGGAGGACGAGAAGCAGAUUUUAGCAAACAUUUGUUUGACUAUGGCCGACUAUUCAUCGUCACUAAGGGACUACGAUCAAGCUAUAACGUACUACAAGGAAGCAUUGAAUUAUAAACCUGCGGACGUGCAAGCUCUUCUAUCUUUGGCAAAGAUAUACAUGCAGACCAAUAACCUGGACAGAUGUGCUCAGAGCUGUACAGCUCUGCUGAAUGCGGAUCCGAACAACGAAGCAGCUUCGAUAAUGAUGGCUGAUCUUGCGUUCCGCAAGGUGGAUUUUGACACUGCAGCCUAUCAUUUUAAGCAAUUGUUGAUGAAACAACCGACGUAUUGGACUGCCUUGGCAAGGCUCAUUGAGGUAUCUCGUAGAACAGGUAAUAUGGACGAUUUGGAGGAAUGGCUUCACCGUGCGGAAUUAGAGACAAGCGGUUCUAACUUGGCAGCUGGAUACUAUUAUUGCGCCGGCUUACUAGACUGGCGCACGGGCAAAUUAAACUCCGCGCUUCGUCAGUUUAAUUUUGCAAGACGAGAUCCAGAGUGGGGUCAACAGGCAAUAUAUAACAUGAUUGAGAUUUGUUUAGAUCCAGAUGACGAUUCGUCUUUAUCUAAUGAAGUAUUCAAUGACGACGACGCCGAGUACCAAGAUGCGAGAACGAUGGCCUUGAAAACGGCUUACCGGUUGCUGCAGGAAUUGAAUCCUAAGGGUAGUCCCCACGAAAUGCUGACUCACAGGCUGCUGAGUAACUUUUUUCUGCUGACUACGAAGCAAAAGUCGAACAUAGAGAAGGCUUUGCAGGAUUGCACCGCGCUAGCUAGUCAGGAAGCUUUGCGGGACCACGUGGGGCCGGCUCUUGGAAUGGCGAUGGCACACAUUCUUCUGAAGCAAACGCCAAGGGCACGGAACCACUUGAAACGGGUCAGCAAGAAUAUUUGGACCUUCGAGGACGCCGAGUAUCUGGAACGCUGUUGGUUAUUGUUGGCUAAUAUUUACGUGCAAUCGAAUAAGUACGACCUGGCUAAUGAGCUGUUGAAGAGAGUCCUUCAACACAAUGCCACCUGCGUCAGAGCCCAUGAGCUGUCUGGUCAUAUCGCUGAGAAGGAGCAGAACUACAAGGAAGCCGCGUUACAGUACUGUCAAGCAUGGAAGUACGGCGGGAAGUCUAAGCUGUCGGUGGCUUACAAGCUGGCCUACUGCUCCAUGAAGGCAAAAACGUACGCGGAGGCCAUCGACGCCUGCAACGAGAUCCUUAAACAAAGUCCCGACUACCCGCGCAUCCGAAAGGACAUUUUAGAGAAAUGUAUCAACAAUUUACGCACUUAAUAAAAAUGUUCCCAGAUA